UGUUAUAUAUAGAAAUUUGACAUUUUUUACAGCAUUUUCACAGAGAUACUCAACAAGGAUGAUAACGAAUAGAUCAUAUUGCUGAGGAGGAUAUGGAAGACAUGUUUGGACAAUAUUUCCGUGGGUAUGGGUACUUGUGUGCCAGCCACCCGCUGGAGGUGAUCAUUGGCACAUUGACCGUCACUGUGUGUGUCGUGUCCAUGAGCAUGUUGGCAAUUGGAGACCUUCUCCAUAUGUCACCUCAGAACCAGGAGACAGAGAGCUUGGAUAUCAUCAUAGUAUCAAUAGCUAGAUGUUUAGCAGUUGUCUAUGUUUACCUACAGUUCCGUAGCCUCAGAAGACUGGGCUCUCAUUAUUUAUUAGGUGUGUCUGGAGUUUUCACACUAUUCUCCAGUUUUAUAUUUAGUGUAGCUGUCAUCAAGAUAUUUAAAAAGGAUCUCACUGGCUUAAGUGAGGCACUGCCGUUAUUCCUCCUCUUGGUUGACCUUUCUAAGGCAUGUGCUUUGGCACGGUUUGCUGUUGGUUCCACUAGCCAGGAGGAGGUACAAAAGAACAUUGCUACAGGCAUGGCUGAACUUGGCCCAUCAAUAACUCUGGAUGCCAUUGUGGAGAUGUUGGUCAUAGGUGUCGGCACCUUGUCAGGCGUAAAACAACUUGAAAUGAUGGCAUACUUUGGGUGUCUGUCUGUGCUUGCUAACCUGUUGGUGUUCAUGACAUUCUACCCCGCUUGUCUGGCCCUUGUCCUAGAUGUCACUCGUGAGAGGAACCAUGGCAAGCCACUCCGACACCUACAACAACUGGCUAAGAUGUUAGAGGCUGAGGAGAAGGAGAAAACCCCAAAUCCAGUCACUCAGCGAGUCAAACUCAUCAUGUCUGCUGGCCUUGUGAUGGUUCACAUACAUAGUCGUUUAGGCAAAGAGGCAAGCAAAGCAGAAAGUUUGGGAGACAUGAUCACAACCAGUACCAUGUCUGAUAACAAGGAACUGACUCCUGAACUCGACUUUUGGCAAUAUCACAUACAAAGACAAUUAACAGUGAAUGCAGACCUAAUGGUAAUGCUGGUGCUGGCUAUCUUCCUCACUGUAAAAUAUAUGUUCUUUGAUGAUGAUGUGGAUGUGCCAAGCAGACUAUGUCCAUCUUGUAAACGUUCAGGGGCAAGACUCCGUCAGAUUUCCAGUUCCAUUGACUUACCAGCUCCAGAAGUGUCUUCAGAACCUGUUGUGGAAACUACAAAUAUUUCUCAGAAAAAGACAACAUUUACUAUUGGUGAAGAUGAGAGUUCAGACGAGGAAACUGAGACGAUGGACAGUAAAGAGACUCAGACGGACCUAUUGGAAUUUGGUUACCGUCCCUUGGAAAGGCUACCCUCUAUACAGCCGCCACGUCCAGUUGCUGAAUGUUUGGACAUUCUCAAGUCUGAUGAUGGUUCAAGUGCACUUACAGAUGAAGAAAUUUGUCUCCUUGUUGAGGAAAAACACAUACCCAGUUACAGGCUAGAGACUGUUCUUGGAGACUACGAGAGGGGAGUUAGUAUAAGGAGAGGAAUGGUAUCAACACAUAUACAAAGCAAUGAAGCAAUGAAAAACUUACCAUAUAGAAAUUAUCAUUAUGAUUUGGUGAAUGGAGCAUGUUGUGAAAAUGUUAUUGGGUACAUGCCAAUCCCAGUAGGCGUGGCAGGCCCUCUCCUCCUGGAUGACAAAUAUUAUCAUGUCCCCAUGGCAACAACAGAGGGCUGUCUAGUGGCCAGUACUAACAGAGGCUGUAGAGCAUUAGCACAAAGUGGUGGUGUCAAGUGCUGUUUGGUGGGAGAUGGAAUGUCACGGGCUCCUGUUGUUAGGUUCCCAUCCAUUAGGAAGGCCAGUGAGCUGAAGCUUUGGCUUGAAAAUGUUGACAACUUUGAGAAAGUGAAGGAGACUUUUGAUGAUACAAGCAGGUAA